GGCGAACUGCGUGCUGGAAAUUGCAAGCAAACUUUAGAAAUAGAGCGCAAGAGUUCAGAGACACGGUUCACCAUGGCACUUCUCGGCAAACGCGGGCGCCCUUCCAAGAGGUCGAAAUGCUCGCCUUCCACAAUGAGUUGUCACUAUUCAAUGGCGACCACGAAGGCAGUCAAGCCCAAGAAUCAUGUCCAUCGUAGUGAUAAUCAACCGACAUCAUCGACAACAACGAUAAACACAGMGACAAAYUCGGGUACUAUUCAUCCUCCACACCACAAUCUCCAGCAGAGAGAACAACAACAGCAGGCAGAGAAGGCUCGGCUCACUAAAACGCUACAACAAGAAAAGAUUCGGGCGAUCGAACGAAAGCGCACAGUGGCGUUUGCGAAGAACGCGAAUGUGAAUCGUGUUUCUACUGACACUCGUACGACUGAUGAACAAAACCCAGUAUCAAAGUUGCCGUCGCUCGUGCAUCCGAAACGCUCUCCCCACACUACUCCUAAUCCCACGAGAAGGGUAACAUCACUAGACAUUUUGAGUCUGAAUGCUGCUUCCUCGCCUCCCUCGUUGUCUUUGACCGUUGUCACACCACGGGAAGUGAAACUUGCUUGCGUUCCAAAUACGAGGCCUGAGAUGAUYCCAAACGUGGCGAACACAAGCGAUCCACUAAAAACUCAAACUGAAUUACCAGCUAUGGUUGCGGCUUUUCCUGGAACUACAGAACCCGAACAACAGCCGACAGCCCAUCAAGCAUCAGUUCGAGAUCGAGUCAAGUACGACAUGGAAUGUGUCCCUCCGAUCCGAAUAGAAAAACUCCAAAAGGAUGGCGACAAAAUCCAGAMAAAUUUAAAGGGAAUAGCAACCACGCCGAACAGRAUUCCGAUYGAUAGUGAAGAGUCGUCGCGUUCUCCUACACAAAUUCGUCCCUCUAAUACAAGUCYAAUCAAUGAUAAUGAUAGUCGCAACAUCCUCCAGGGCUCGCAACCGCAAUCGUUCGUGCAAACUACGAUGCAAGAUAGCGUACUGUGGAUUCCAUCCUGUCGACAGGAUUGGGAAGACUGCAUAAGCGAAAUGAAAGCUGUCUGUACUUCUGCAGCUUUUCGACGAUGGUCCCGAAAACUCUUGGAUGAAUUUCAAUCGCGUUCGACAUCAUCCUCUGCUUCGAGUUGGAACUUCCAUCCACCCCUUGCACAGGCCUUUAUCAAGGACCGGGUCCGAAUAGAUGACCCCCUCAGGGGCUACCAGAUCAGACACGCCCAGGGUGGAUGGCUCCAGGGUUUUUUGCUGUGGACCAACUUCACCGUUUGGACCCAAGACUUUCACUGGGAUUCCUUGCACACCGCGAGUGGACUUCCAGCAGAAGCAGCUUUACACAGAAAGACGAAAGCGACUAAUGAAAUCAUGGACGAUGAUUAUGCUACAAGCAUCAUGCUGGCAAGCGAACUGGAGUCCCUACCACGAGGAGAYCCUGAUCCCAUGGAUGGAGGAAGGGUAUUUCACCAAGUGGCAGAGAUUUCUCUCUUGGGUGGAUUGGGGUGUGGGCGGAUCUUGUUGCAGAAGGCCAUCGCGGAAAUUGCCAAUGCAACAACAGAAGAUGAAAGUAGAAAGUACAAAUACGUGGUGUUGCAAGCAACAGAAGGAUCGCGGAGCUUUUAUCAGAAAAUGGGAUUUGUCCGAGUCGGUGCUGUUUGUCGUUAUCGAUGGGCCGGCACUGCUACGGUUGCUCCUGGAAAARCUCCCACGACGCCUCGUUCCUCGUUACCUUUUAAUGGUUACCGCCACUGGACAUACACAAAUGAAUCUUCUGUGAGUUUAGACGCUCACGGCGGACCAUCGGUUAUGAUGUGUCUAAAGUUACCGACAUCGAUUGAUGAUUUGGAUGAUGCGAUUUCGAUUCCUAUAUCUACACGAAAACCAAACAUUCACCCUAUUGUUAAAAGCGAGCCAACGAACAGAAAUCCAAACAAUAACAACAGUAACGACUUGAGAGUAAUUCCUGUCGAACUCGCUAUUGCCCCGACACGCAAAAGCAAACGAAAGCGGAAACCAAAACGAUUCGGCGACGAUGACACAGGCGAGCCAAGUAAGCCAGAGCACCAGGAGCGGCAAGAAUACGAAGCACCCGACAACUGUGAGAAUGUUCAGAAAGAGAAAGAAUCAUUUUACUCCGCCUCUCCAGCCAGUGGGGCUGAAAGAGGAUUUUCUGCUGCCAAUCAUAAUGUAAAUGCGAACGCAAAAGAUCUAUUGGAAAGACAUGGCUCAAAUUCUAGUUCUACUAGAGCCGAAGACAAGGUUGACCACCUUCCUCAUGACACUCUGUUGAGAACAGCACCAGAAAUGUGCGGUGUGCAAACGGUUCUUGACAAUGAUUCGACAUUCCGACAAACAGAAGAGAAUAAUAGCAACAACGCUGUUCGGGAAGAUUCAGGUGUAGCAGUUUGCGUACAUGAACACACCCCAAUUCAUCCUCCUCCCUUMGCUUGUGUAGUGAAUACAACCCAUCCACAGCAAAAAAGUCGAAGACGUGAUCAGAAUACAACAUUGAAUAUAACACCCAACACCAUACCCUCAGCGACAGCUGCAGAUACUUCAAAUUCGAAUAAGUUUAUUAAUGUUGCUUCGAACGCAGCAAUGCGGCAGAAACGAAAGCGACCACGAGUGGCAAGCACCAACCCGAACGCACCUAUUGGAGUUCCAGAAGUCGGGUUGAGGAAAACACCUUGCACACGUCCUCGUCGCCAGUCAGUUUUGCGCAUUGACAAGUCAAAGCUAUUGAAGUGUAACGCCGAUGCGGACUCGACUCAAACAUCUUUCAACGAAGAUAAGGAUUAUACUAAUCGGGUUGUUGUACUACGCAAGAUUCUUACUAAACUGAUUUCGGAUCAUAACGACAAGCUGGAUGAUGAUCACCGUGGAAAACCCCCGUUGCUGCAUUAUAAUGGCGGUCUAAUGAUUGAUCACGGAUACGAAUAUUGCUAUUACUUUGUCUUGGAACACAAUCGAUCUCAUCAAAGCUUGACCAUUGUACCAAUGGUUAAGGAUGGUGUAUUUGAACCAGAAGACAUCGUCAUAGGCACUAAUGGUACCAUGACCAAAAGAAAAAAUACCAAUAGCAACAUCGAGAGUUGCUUGGGGCGUCCUCUUUACAGAUGCAAUAUUCUCGAGACGGACAAGAACUGGAUCCGCGGAGCCUCCAUCAAGGACUACCAAAUUAUGACCGGGGCCACUUCCAUUGUUGGCACCCCUUUCAUUGCAGACGAAACCUGGGACAUUGCAUUACCCACAAAGUAAGAACGACGRGGUGUACAUGUGUUUAAGCUCAACGAGUGACGAAAGAAAAAAUAGAAAGACUCCCGAAUGUAUGAGUCUAUCAAAUAGCAUACGAAAUUGAUGUAGUAAUUACCUGUACAAAGCUGCGUUUUAACGAACUAUUUAUACUCACAAAAAAGGUCAUAGAAAAAUCGUGCUACUGUACUUUGUUGCAGAUCUUCAUACCAUACAUCUUAUGAAAUCAAAGCCUGUAGAAAAUCCUCGACUUUGUAAAAUGCUCUGAUUUUGUGUAUUUCUUGGCGUCCUGAGAAUAAUGAGAUAUUGAUUUACGCRCCUCACCAAACAAUAGUAGCGGAUCCUCCCAGUCUCAAGAAGAGAAAAAGAGAGUCAUUGGUGUAAAAAAACUAACAUGUACAUUUAUUGGCUUGCUCUUUGGAGUCAUACCGUACUAGCCAGAGCUCCUAAUUGUUGAUUCAAUGCGAUUUGUCAUAUGAAGUCUUAAAGAGUAAUUGAAAUGWUAACCCUAUUGACUAGAUAAAUUAAUAAAGAAURAGAAUACUC